AUGUUCAGGGUCGCUACAUCGUUUUUAGACUAUAUAUACACAGGUCAGCUAGAAAUUAACGAGGACAAUGCUGCUGGCCUGCUUAUGCUAUCGCGCAACUUGAAAUUCCUCAAAUCGAGGAGUGUUCAGCGAGUGUUAUGGCCGCCAGACACUGUCCUUUCCCUGCUACAGGCAGAUGACCUUCAAGUAAAAAUCGAGGAGCGCGUGUUGGAGGCCAUUGGACGGUGGAUUAGUCCACUCAGCGAAACUGAUGACGCACGGAUUGUGCAUGCCGAGACUAUGAUGAAAGAAGUACGGUGGAACCAAGUUGACGCUGACUUCAGAUAGCUCUACCAAUUCGAUACUGAUACAAAAAUGCUGCAGAAACUACCAGAAGGCACCGGUGGAUGUGACGCAGUGUUUGCGGUCAUUGAG